UCCAAGAGUUUCGACGUCAAUUUCUGCUUUUCUCUGAAAAGCCCGUUAUCAUGUGAUUUAGCUGCACGAAUCUGUCUGACACAUAUCGAUACACACACAACGGGAAGGAUGGCAGACGCCUUCAAGACUGAAAAGUUCCAGCUGCAUGUUCCAAACCUUGAGGAAUUAUGUCAGGUGCUGGAAUCGGGACUGAAUAAGAAUUUCGCUGAUGUAAAAGUGUCUGUCGCUGACUGUCCAGAUCUCACGCAAGAGCCUUUCCGGUUUCCUGUUAAAGGUCUGUGCGGCAAACCUCGUAUUACUGAUGUUGGAGGUGUACCCUAUUUGAUUCCACUGGUCCAAGUGGACAGGGUUUACGAUAUGAACGCCGUGUCCAAGGAGUUAGAGCUGCCUGGUGCAUUUAUACUUGGAGCUGGUGCCGUCUCCUCCAAAACAGUUGGCAUGAAUGCAGAGUUAAUGCCUCUGGUGCUGACUGAAGCUGAAGGACGACGUGCAGUGAAUAGCAGUUAUUUCUCUUCCAUCAACCCAGUGGAUGGAAAAUGUCUGCUGGAGAAUUACAGUGACCGGUUUCAUGACUGUGAUUUUGGCCUCCUUGCAAACCUCUAUGCAUGUGAGGGUAAACCUGGAAAGGUCAUUGAGGUGAGAGCCUGCAGAAGGAUUGGAGAGGACAGUCUUGUGAGUUGCAUGAGAAAGACCAUGGAAGAACAUUAUGGGAAGAAAAGCGUGGCCCUGGGUGGAACUUUCAUCAUACAAAAGGGAAAGGCAAAGAUCCACAUCAUGCCUCGUGAAUUCUCCUCCUGCCCUCUUAACUCAAAUGAGGACGUUGAUAACUGGCUCAGGCAUUUUGAAGUCAGUGCCCCACUGAUAUGUCAAACUGUCAUGGUGUCCAAAGACCCAGGUCUUGACUUGAGAGUGGAGCAUACGCAUGGCUUCAGUCAUCAUGGCGAGGGGGGCCAUUACUACAUAGACACAACCCCAAACACAGUGGAUUACCUGGGAUACUUCCUUCCUGCUGAAUUUGUGUACCGAAUUGACCGACCCACAGAGACUCACAAUGUUGGAAGAGAUUAAACUUUUGACAGUUUGGAUUAAAUUGUGGAGCAGUUUAUUUUACUGAUAUGUAAAUGCAUUUAAUAAAAUUAACCCCUGUUCUCUUG